GGAGGUGUAAUUCGCUCAGCUAUGGUCUGAUUUAGGUUCCUAGCUACAUUUUUUAAAACUAACAUUGGUUGGCAUACUACACCAUACAUUUAUUCAGGAGGCUAGCUUCAAGGGUCGCAUUUUCUACGGUGUCAGACAUAUGGAUGACGAUGUUUAGGUAUAUCAUGCUCGUAGCUAACGUUUAUGUAGCCCGGUAGCUAGUAUGCUAGCUAGCGUUAGCUCGAAUGGGUCGAAAGACGAAGUCGCUGAAAUGACAGUCAGAAACUGUUGGGACUUUUAUUACCUUUGUUUGUUUGUUUUAAUGACAUUGGGUUUUUAAGUUGCACGAAGGUCGGAUAAGGGCGCAUUCCUUAAACCACGCGCGCCCUGAUCUAGAAACGUGAAGCCAGGGGCUGUCGUAAUGUCGGAGCCCAAGGCGUCCACUCCGACACCCGGAGACAUGUACAAAGGCUGGCUCUUCAAAUGGACGAAUUACAUAAAGGGAUAUCAGAGACGAUGGUUUGUCUUGAGCAACGGCUUGCUGUCCUACUACAGGACGCAGGCGGAGAUGGGGCACACGUGUCGAGGCACCAUCAACCUGGCGACGGCGAACAUCGCGGUCGAGGACUCGUGCAACUUCGUCAUCUCCAACGGCGGCGCGCAGACGUACCACCUGAAGGCCAGCUCCGAGGUGGAGAGGCAGAGGUGGAUCACCGCUCUGGAGCUGGCCAAGGCGAAGGCGGUGCGAAUGCAGGCCGAGUCUGAUGAUUCGGGCGAUGACUGCUCCACGUCCUCACCGCCUCCCUCGGGACAGGGUGGGGGAGCCCGCAAUUCGGAGGUGCAGUCCACGCUACGCACUCUGGGAAGCAAGGUGGAGGACCUGAGCACCUGCAAUGACCUCAUCGCCAAGCAUGGCUCCGCCCUACAGAGAUCUUUGUCGGAGCUUGAGGGAGUGCGGCUCGGAGGAGAGACCGGCGACAAGAUUCGGCAAGUAACGGAGAGGGCGACGCUGUUCCGGAUCACCUCCAAUGCCAUGAUAAACGCGUGCCGGGACUUCCUGGCUCUGGCUCAGGCCCACAGCAAGCGCUGGCAGAAGGCCCUGCAGGCGGAGCGGGAGCAGCGGGUGCGUCUGGAGGAGACCCUGGAGCAGCUGGCCAAGCAGCACAACCACCUGGAGCGGGCCUUCAGAGGGGCCACCGUGCUGCCCGCCUCGCAGGGCCAGCCCUCUGUGAAGGGGGACGCCAGCGAUGAGGAUGACGAAAAUGAGUUUUUCGACGCGAUGGAAGACGUGGCCGAGUUCAUCACCGUACCAGCCGACCCCAAGUACCACAAGAGGUCCGGCAGUAAUAUCAGUGGUAUCAGCAGCGAGAUUGGAAUGGAUGACCAGUCGCUUGACGAGCAGUCCCUGGCGUCCAAUCCGGAGUCGCCUCAGUCCCAGGAGGUGGAGCCAGUGAGGAAGAGGCGGGCUCGUAUACCCGACAAGCCAAAUUAUUCCCUCAACUUGUGGAGCAUCAUGAAGAACUGCAUCGGCAAAGAGCUGUCCAAGAUCCCCAUGCCCGUGAACUUUAACGAGCCCAUCUCCAUGCUGCAGCGUCUCUCCGAGGACCUGGAGUACUCGGAGCUGCUGGACAAGGGGGCCAAGUGCCAGAGCGCCCUGGAGCAGCUGUGCUACGUGGCGGCCUUCACCGUCUCGUCCUACUCCACCACCGUGCACCGCACCGGCAAGCCCUUCAACCCCCUGCUGGGGGAGACCUUCGAGCUGGACCGGCUGCGGGAGAGCGGCUACCGGUCUCUGUGCGAGCAGGUGAGUCACCACCCACCUGCAGCAGCGCAUCACGUGAUCUCUGAACGAGGCUGGACCCUGAGGCAGGAGAUUGCCGUCGCCAGCAAGUUCCGGGGAAAGUACCUGUCCAUCAUGCCUCUAGGUUCAAUCCACUGUAUAUUUGAGAAGAGUAACAAUCACUACACUUGGAAGAAGGUCACCACCACUGUCCAUAACAUCAUAGUGGGAAAGCUGUGGAUUGACCAGUCCGGAGAGAUAGACAUCGUGAAUCAUCGCACAGGAGACCGCUGCCACCUCAAGUUCGCCCCCUACAGCUACUUCUCCCGAGACGUGGCCCGAAAGGUGACGGGCGUGGUGGCCGAUAAGGAGGGCAAGGCUCACUUCGUGCUGUCGGGCACGUGGGACGAGAAGAUGGAGUUCUCGCGGGUGAUGCAGAGCAGCAGAGGAGGGGAGAACGGGGCGGAGGGCAAGCAGAAGACCGUGUACCAGACGCUGCGCGCGAGGGAGCUGUGGAGGAAGAACCCGCUGCCGGAGGGUGCUGAGACCAUGUACUACUUCUCCUCUCUGGCCCUGACGCUGAACGAGCCGGAGGAGGGCGUGGCUCCCACGGACAGCCGGCUCCGCCCGGACCAGCGCCUGAUGGAGGACGGGCGCUGGGAGGAGGCCAACGUGGAGAAGCAGCGGCUGGAGGAGAAGCAGCGGAGCGUGCGCCGCGAGAGGGAGAGAGAGGCCGCCCGCACCGCCAACUCUGCUGAGGAGGGCACCCACCAGGACAGCUACAAAGCGCUGUGGUUCGAGAGGUGCGAGGACCCCGCCACGGGGGAGGCCACGCACAUCUACAAGGGCGGCUACUGGGAAGCCAAGGAGCAAGGAAGCUGGGAGGCUUGCCCAGAUAUAUUCUGACCCGAUCGGAACCUUCCCCAGAGAGAAGCCCGUACACUGUAACCUGCUCUCAUCCCACUGUGGUCAGGGAGGGCAACGGGGCAGCUGUCCCCAAUCAGUUCUGAUUAAAAACACCCGCCCCCACCCCACCCCCUCCGCGUCAGUAAAUUGUUCUUUCUCGGCUGGAAGACGCCGAGGGUGGGCACAACCAGCUGGCAAAUGGGGGAGGGGCACCCGCUUAAUGCCUUCAUCGAUUUUAGAUAUCACCUUUCCCCCCCCCCCCCACCUCACACUUAUACUAUGAAUUACCCAGUCGUAGUCUCACUCUUUGCUCUCCUCCUCUUCCUCCUCAGAGCUUGAGAAUAUAUAAUAUCAGAUAAGGUGUGGUUAUUAAUUGCUAGCAAUGUAAUACUUUAAAACAGAGACCAUUAAUGUAACUACUCACAUACACCCCAAUCACACUAAUCCCUGUGGGUUACCUGUUCACCGUCGCACCUUUUCUGUUGGUCACGGACUUGAAAUGGGGGAGGCAGUUGUGGUAGGGAUGUGUUCGUCUUUACUGUGUUUCACAAACGCCGUUCUGGAGUGUGAGCGCAUCGAGUGCUUGUGAUGUCUCGUCAGCUGACCCCAUUGGUACAUUGCACCACUGUACAGUUCUCUUCUGUCUUGGCUCUUGGAAUGCAUAGUUCUAGAAGUUCUUCACCCAGGGUUACGGAACAGUCAAGCGCUACAGCGAGUCACUGACGCGCCGCUCUAGAACACAUGCGUAUGUUGCUACCCAGUGUCAUUCGUUUGUGGGCUCCACCCACUCGUUCUCUUGAGAUGUGGUGUGCGGUGACCCGCGUCCCCAGCUUGGUUCCUCAGAAGCCUCCAGGUCACUGGCGCCCAGACUGUGUUAGCAUAAUCCAGCACCUCGAACCUGAGCUGGACCUUUAGCCACGACCACUGACCAUGCUGCAUCCAGAACCAAGGUCGUUUUGAUUGAAGGGUCUUGAUUGAACCUUGCAGUUUUUUUUUUUUUUUGCGCAAAAUUCAGCAUGUCUGAAAUUAUCGGCUGCUAAGCUUAGUUUCAACUUUCAGCUCUGCACCAGGUGUAGUGUUCGAUGGACAAGGGAGUUUGAAAUAAAUGCAACGACGAUGUUUCUGUCUCCAUGUUAGAAUAGCAGCUUUUGUAUCUGAAGACUUUAAGCUUUGUCAGAUGGUAAAUGAAUGAAAUUAUAAUAUCCGUGCAGAGGUAGGUGACUGCUGCAUUGAACUGCAACAGAGUUGGGUGUCAAUGAAAUGUGGGCAUUUUGUUGAUUAAGGAUGACUGGACAGGACUUUUGCACAUCGAAAUAUUGUGUCAGAUCUAGUUAAUUCUGUAUCUGCAUGUAAGAGGAAGCACAGACUGCUGAAUUAUCACUGGAUCCAUAGAUGCAUCCACCCCCACCCCCACCCCCCACCAUGUGAUGAUGACUGGAUGGAUAUGCUGAUUCAGCACUUACAUUAAAUGUCAGUGGCCUAGGCCCAUUUUGACCAUGGUCCCUAGUGCACUGCAACAUGAACUGUUAUUUCCUGAGACAACACUAAUGUUCAUUUUUAAAAGGAAACAAAAAAAAAUUAAAUAGUGGUAUAAUAUCAGUGGUUCAACUCUGUGCUGAUUGGUGCAUUUACCCAUGGGUGAUGAGCCUUGCUGUUAUCAAUCCUCAGAAAAAAGCACAAAAUGUGCUUUUUGUUUAAUUGAUGUAUUUUUUUGUUGAGUUUUUUUUUUUUUCUCCUUUAAUGAAGGGUCUUCUCUCCGUGUUUGCUGUCCCUCAGUCAGCCGUCUGCUACACGUGUGUGGCGUACUGUAGCCGAUACCGGUCUCAAAUGAAGGAUUUAGCACAAAAUGUAUUAUGUAGAGAACUUAGCAAUAGAAUAUGGUAGAAUAUAUAUUUUUAAAUCACUUUUUCGUUUAGCGGGCGUUACCAUGUAUUGCAGGAGGGAGGUUGGCGUAGUUUGGCGUUUGUGUCGCACUGAACCCAGCAAGUGUUCAGUGCAGCAUGUUAUGGAAGUGCACCGUUCACAGUGAGCCAGGCCCUGCGGCAGGGCCAGUAUAGUAACUGACGCAGCUAAAGUAGUGUUGAGGCUUGUGUCACAUCCCCCUGUCGAACCAGAGGAAGCGGCUGUAUUGUAUUGUGAAUUAAUGGGAGCUCAGGUUCCGUUUGGCUCCAGUGUGUGGACAGGUGACAUCGGUCUGAAGCUCUGCUCUAAAAACCCAGCAGACAGGCAGAGAGUAAAAUGCUAGCAGCAGGUCGGUCAGUAGAAAUGGCCGCAAAUGCUGCUUUCCUCCUUUUUCCUCUGGUUUGGAUGAGGGGUGGGGGAAGCUAAUCAUGACUGGGGCAGAAAUUGUCCACUGUACACUAUGGUAUAGAUGUUUCUGUGUAUACAAGCAUAUGCAAGCCUGUGUGGGGUCACGAGACAACUUGAAUAAAGUUGGACAGAGAUGUGUGGGGUGCACAUCUGUUCAAUUUCCCUGCCCCCUGACACCCCCCCCCCCCCCAAAAAAAAGCAAAACCUUUUCUUUCUUUUCAAGUGUACUUAAAUGAAGGGGGGGGGUGACAAGAAUACAAAACAGUUAUUGCAAUUAUCUGUGUAUAUAUCAAGCGAUUAAGAAUAAUGAUUAUGGUCAAUGAUGUUUGGGAAGGAUGUGAUUUUUCAUCUUUUUUUCCCCCAUCUUCUCUGUUGGUCUUGUUUUUCACCUUUUAAAAGAAAAUUUGGGGCAUUUUUUUUUUUUUUUUACAGAAAACUGAGUGCUCCUCUCUGAAAUUAAACUAAAUUAAACAUUUUAAUUUCUAAUUAUUCAACAUCAGUUUUCUUUGUACAAUGGCAGUCAAAUGGCUUUUUCUUUGCUGUUAUACUGUUGUAACAAUAUUUUUCUGUGUUUACAGGUUGUGUUUUCAUUUUGAUUUCCAUUAUUUUUAAACAUUUUUUAUUAUUUUGCAGUACAAUGGGGUUGCAGCUUUGUCACUGGCUCUCUCUGUCUGUCUCUCUCUGUCUCCCUGUUUGACUACAGGUUAUUCUGAGUGUAUAUUACAUGACGAUGAUGAGAGAUGGGAUAAUAAAAGAUGAAAGAACGUU